GGCUCUCAGUGACUCAUCAGGAUAGUGUCAACCUGCUUUGAAUAGCUGACUGAUAUGACCGCAGAUAGCAGUCUUUGGCAUUGGGCGAAUCUGACUGCUGACUCCCAAUGUGAUGCGGAAUGCAAAGUCAACGCUGGACUAAAAGAGCGGGGCACUUGGUGGGAAGGUGUUGACCAGGCCGCUGACCAAGUGUGCUGGGGUUGCGAGCAGGAGCCAUGGCCGAACGAAAGAAGCUAUGGCCAUCAGAUUUGGAAUGCAAUACACCAGGCAAAUCUUCCUAUCCGACAGGUGGCAGCCAAAACAAAUCUGUGGAGUGUGCCAUGCCCAAGAGGUAUUGAGCGGCGAGGUCGUGGAACACGAUGUUUGAUUGGCCACUACGUGUAUGGCAUAAUGUGCUUCUUUAAAUGGAUGGGUGAACCGGGACAGGAAAAUUUUGCAUUGACAAACUUGGAAAGUGUUAUGGAUUUGGCACCCAUCGUGCAAAAGUCACCCUGUAAGGAUAACUGGGCUUUUCCAGUUGCAGAAGUUUCUGAGAAUUAUGAACGAAUCUUGACCUUAGUUUGGCAUCUUCAUGUGCCAGUUCCAGACCACUGGCUGCCAGCGUCUGGCCCGCUUCGCUGCAAACGGGACAGAGCGAGAGAGCCCCAAGAGAGACCGUUGGAAUCAGCAGAUGGACUGAAAAGGGUCAACGGAGUCAACGGAGUCAAUGGUGCCAAUAUCCAGUGCUUGGUCCUGACAAUCUUUCCUCAGGAAGUGGAAAGGAUGCGGAUGAUUUCUGAAACAUACGCCAAGCAUUGUGACUCUCUCACGUUCUUCAUCAGUUCUCCAUUCGCUCCACCCUCACACUUCAGGGGAUACCGGAUUAUCAACUUGCGGGACGUUUUUGACAUCAGCCUAGAUUCACAACCCACAGAUCAGCCAACUGCAUCAAGCAAGCCAACAGAGCCAAAUACAAUUGAAAAGAUGUUUGCAGCCUUUCGCUUUGCUGGGCUCUUCAUGGAGGGUGCAAUGCCCGAUGUGGUUUGCCGCUUGGAUUCAGACACCCUUUUCCUGCCUCCCAAUCUUCGACGUAUUUUGGCAUGUCGCAAUUUUUCGGCCUCAGAAUUGUGGGCCAUUGGACGCGAGAACUACGGACAUAAGCAUGAACAGCCCGGAAGAGUUUUCCUCAAUGGUGGCACAGGUAUUUGUUUGUCAAGAGAAGCUGUACAGCUUUUGUCGAAGGAAAUGGAAUUGGGAAGAUUUGUGAGGACUACGUCUUCGGGUGCCUGGAACAGUGGUGAAUGUGUUGUUGCACCUGGUCAUUGGGAUGAUGUAG